AUGCUACAACCUUCCACUCUGAAACGCAGGCUUGUGACUCUCUUAGAAGAAUUUAAACGGGCUAGACAAUCUUGGACUGAUCUCAAUGAUGAAGGUCUUACUUUAGCAAAUACAUUGGUUAAUACAAAAAUACAAGAACGACAUACAGAUAAUCCAUCAGAUUGGACGCCAGAAUUAAAUGAUUUCACGAGCUUGAAUAACGAUCGAAAUAUUCUUGAUGAAAAGAUUGUCCCUUUGAAAGAAUCACUUCAAAAAAUCAUCAACAAAAUGACCAAACAGCUUACAAAAAUGAAAAUGCAGAUUCUUCAAUUAGAAUUCCUUCUUGAAGAAGCAUGUGAGAGCAUGGAUAAUGAAAUGGAUCUUAAACAAAAAAUAAUUUUAUCUCUUGAAUUGGAAUUAGAAAAACAACAAUUCAUAGUAAUUCUAUCAACAUGGUUAAAUCAACCAUAUAUUGAUUUUGAUAAAAUAAUAGAAUUUGAAAAUAUUUGCGAAAUUGAAAUUCAAAAUAAGAAAGAAAAUUACAUAUCAAAUACCGGAUAG